AUGACGGAUCACAGCAACAACUCAAUCAACCUCUACACCUGGGGUGUCUCUACAUUCGCCGCUGUUGGGUCUCUCCUAUACGGUAUCGACUCUGGUAUUAUUUCCACUACAAUCGCACAGGACACCUUCCUAGAAUACUUUGCGCCGUUUGACCCAUCUAUCAAAGGCGCUGUUGUAUCUACCUUCGGUGCUGGCUCCUUCUUCGGCGUGUUAUUAGCUGGAUGGUCAGCCGAUAAAUAUGGUCGUAAGAGGACUAUACAGUUUGCCGCUCUUGUGGCCCUGAUCUCUGGAAUUGUACAGGCGGCGGCAGUGGAUGUGUCAAUGUUAAUAGUAGGCCGGAUUCUUGGUGGAUUCGCGGUUGGAAUAAUGAACUUGACAAUUCCCAUUUACAACAGUGAGAUUGCGCCACCGUCAAAAAGAGGCAUGGUGACUGGCCUCCAUGCACAGUUUGUAGGCUUUGGGUUCGCGGCCGCAAACUGGAUUGGAUUUGGCUCGGGCUACGCCAGCGGCUCUUUCAAAUGGCGCUUCCCCCUCGCGUUCCAAUGUGUCCCAGCGAUAAUUCUCCUGCUCGGUAGCUAUUGGCUUCCUUUCUCGCCCCGCUGGCUCCUUGAACGCGAACGUGACGAGGAGGCGUUCGAGAUAAUAAAACGUCUUCAUUCCGGCAGUGGACGAAAUGAUGUUGAGCUGCGUAUGGAGUUUGACAGGAUGAGGGAGCAGAUCAGGUAUGAUAAUGCGGUGAAUGUUAGGAGUGUGAGGGAGCUUGUGACGAAGAAGAGCUAUCGGAAGCGAUUAGCGCUAGCUAUUACCGUCCAGGUUUUUACACAGCUAAGUGGAAUUAACGUGAUUAAUUACUACCAGACUGACCUCUAUAAAUCCGUUGGGAUAACCGGACACACGGUCAAUCUACUUGCCGGCUGCUACGGAAUGGUUGGGCCGCUCGCCAACAUCAUUUGCCUUCUUUACGUCGACACCUGGGGUCGCAAAAAGUCUCUAUAUAUCACCGGUCUCCUAAUGGCCAUCGACAUGUCGCUCAUAAUGUCACUCACCGCCGCCUUUGCCACCGGCACCAACCGUGUGGGUCAGGGUUGGGCCAUUGCCUUUAUAUUCCUCUUCUCCAUCAUUUAUUCAAUGGGCUUCAACAGCAUCCACAUCAUCUAUGUCCCCGAGAUCCUCAACCAGGCUAUCCGUGCCCAGGGUAGCAGCCUGUCCAUCAUGUGCAAUGUGUUAAUUAAUAUCCUGUUCAACCAAGUCUCACCUAUUGCAUUCGCAAACAUUGGGUGGAGAUACUAUAGUGUAUUUAUAGUCACGAAUGUGCUUGGGGCAGUGACAGUAUGGAGCUGGUUCCCGGAGACGAAGGGAAGGAGCUUGGAAGAAGUUGGGGCUCUGUUUGGGGAGGAGAUUGUAGUUGAGAGUGAUAUAGCUGCGGCGAAGCUAGCAGUAGCAGAGGAAGAAGAGGUUGGUAUUGCGAGGAGGGGAACUUGA